AUGCUUCGCCGCAACAGCUCUCGCAACACGAAUCGGCGCCCGCUAAGCCGGAGCAAAUCUACCGCGUCUGUUGUGCGCAGUCCCAUUCGUGAUUUGGAGUCUAUUGACCCUGUAAAGGCCGAACGGGAUGCCAAUCUUGCUGCGGUUUUAUCCUACUAUCGAGCUGAAGACCGGGCUGACGAAAAAGCAAAAAAAUCCUCCCUUACACGACGUUACCUAGGGACCCUGCAGCCACCCGGCGACGAGUGUCACAACCAUCAAGAAAAUGUUGUUUCCAUGUUUACCUCUUACCAAAAGGUCAGAAAGUCUCGAUCCAUGAUGACUCCGUCGCAUCACGCUUCCGACAUGCGCCCGCGGUCUUCGCCUUUGCCGCCCGCGAGCAAUGAUGAACGGCUGAAAGAUGCGCGGCCCAAAUCAGCAGCGCUUCGAGCCGCCACAUCCAUGAGCUUCCUGAGAAGUCGGCGAAAGACGGCGGUUUCUCGCGUGAGCCACGUCGAAGUCAGCGAUGCCCACGUUGAAGUCAGCGAUGCUGCACUUCGACUUGCCAGACAGAGGUUUCAACAGAUACAAGAGGAAGAAGCGAAGAAGGAAUCCACCCUGUCGCGACCAAAGACCAGAGAGAGCCAACGUUCUACAACCCUUCGCAAAUCCCUCCGCAACAUUAGCAAUAAUUCCACCGCAUUUUCGUUUUCCACCAACAGCGCUCACGUUUCAAAGCAACAUGGGAUCCGAGACACGGCACGCAAGGUCUCGCAUGGCUUAAGGUCAAAGCUACGAGGUCUUUUCGGUAAAGGAAAGAGCGAGGACUCUGAACAACAAGAACACGACCAAUGCGCGACAGAGAGGGAUUCUGAUGAAGAGAGCUGUCUGCAUGUUGGGGACACUGAGACAACGGAAGAAGCAUCCAUGUUCCAGGUGACAGCACACGUUCCUUCGUUGCACGAUGUACCUUCGAAUAAAAAGCUCAGGUCUCGCAAAGGCAGCGUGGAGAGCUUUGCUGACGGCGACCACUGCGUUUCUGACGAUAGAUCUCGUGUCACCAGCUGGACAAACACAGUAACGAGUCAAGGAACAAUUGGGGAGAGGCAACGCCUUUCUAUCAUCAAAGAGAAUGGAGCGCAUGCUACCGAGAACGAUUUCAAGCGAUGGCCUCAGUCUACCAUUAGGUGCGUUCAGCCCAACGAUGAUGUCUGCAAGGACCAUGAGCGACAGUCUUCGAUAUCAAGCUCGGUCACGGAAGUCCCAGACAAAGACUCUUAUGCGACCGAGAUGACUUCUGGGCAAGGACACACCUGGGAUUGGAGCGACGAUAAACCGGAGCACACCGGCGCGCAACUCAAUGAACUUGAUCCUCACAAGACCAUCAGUCAUCGAAGUUCUGCUUUUUUUGGGAGCCCUUCUCGUCAGUCAUUUAGAUCGCCCAGCCCCUACCGACGUGCACUUCGGGAGAUGAAUUCGUCUGAAGAGAUAAAUGGGGGUUUAUUGGGAUCACAAUAUCUCCAUUCCCUGUCAACCUUGAACCUACCAGCCCGACAAUACAGCAACCCGGGUUCGGAGAAGGACUUUUACGCCACAGAUGUUGACAGUGUUUAUUCAUUUUCUGCGGACGACGCAACCCCGGUACCCCCAGCCGUAGGAUCAAACGUUUUGGAACAGUCCCCGGGUCGCAGGUACACCCGCCAGCCAUCACCCGAGAUCACAAUUUAUGCGCCAGCUCACGAACACCAACGCGACACAUCCACCGCCAGCUCAGUGGAAUGGAAGACUUGGCUAAGCUCAAAGGUGUCCAAGAUCGAAGGUCCCUCGACCCCUACUAGACGCAUGCAAGAAAAUGGCGCUCUACCACCAUUGGGACACCUCAGAGAGCUGGCUUCAAUGGGCUCUACUCCAGAGCUCUCUGUAUCGACAGCCAAGUGUACGCCAAACCGGAGUCCUUUGGGUAGUGUAAAGGGAAACGCCCAAGCAUUUCCUGACAGCAACAGCCCAACAAGACGCCAAGUUGGUAUCGGAUACGACGAGAACUUGGCACCAAAUCAUGAAGAGAAGAUGACACCCUCUAUACCCCGUCGGAGCAUCUUGCGAGCAGUACCCUCGCUCCCAAGUGUUGCGACGCGAGGGAACUUGAUGGAGACGGGAUCUGGAAGAGAACUGCAGCGAAUGAAGUCCAUGAAUACGAUAGGUCGCUCGAACCUGACACCAGAAGACUCUAAACGACGCUCCCGCACACGCGUUGCUGGAUGGCAGGGCUCUCCAACCAGAUCAAGCCCUGGAAGACGACACCGAUAG